AUGGCCGUCAAUGAAAUCGAAAGAUUCCAUGUUACAAUCCCACUAUCGAUACAGUUUGAGUCCAAUUCACAGGGCGUCCAUGUGGUCGGCGUGUCCAUGCCAGAUGAACGUGUGUCUGUCCUGGGUCUCGACGACGACCAGCCUUCAAUCGCACAGACAAACUUCGAGCCCGACGAUAAAGUGUGGCCGGACGGAUUACAGGACUUAGGUCUCAUCGCUGCGAACGAGUCACUCGCCUGUCCGGAUUUCUCUCACAUAGAGUACUUCACACUGCAUGAAGAUCCUCUUAUCAUCUAUAUCCCCAACUUUGUUUCUCCAGAUGAGAUCGUGCACUUGUUGGAGUCUACGAAAGAAAGCUUCUCUCCAUCUGUGGUCUACCGACACGGAGUAAGUAGCAAUGAUGACAACUUCCGAAAAUCAGAAAAUGCAUGGCCUCCACGGGACGAAAUUUUGCAAUGUAUCGAACAGAGGGCAAUCCGUUAUCAAAACUUGGAGUCAAAGCUGCUCAUGGAACCGUUAUCUCUCCAACGUUACCAUGAGAAUGGCUUCUUCUCCUAUCACCAUGACCAGUUCGACUCGCCGCCCAAUCGUCUCAAUCGCUAUUCGACCUACAAUGUGUUUUUGCAAGGCAACUGUACCGGUGGUGGCACCCACUUCCCCUUGAUUAGGCGACCAAAAGAAAGUGCCUGGUGUGACUACAUCGACUGUACAUCGACCGAGCCUGGGGUGAUUUUCAAGCCAAUUGCUGGUAGCGCCGUCUACUGGGUCAACAUCCGAGAGGAUGGACGCGGUUAUCGGGAAACAAUGCACGCAGGCAUGCCGGUAAAAUCAGGUACUAAGAUUGGUAUGAACAUUUGGAGCUGGAAGGACACACGAGAGGGAGUUGUCCAAACGGAAACUUUGCAUGUACAAUAA